CCCUCCAGAGUUCCUCAGAGUUCCUCCAGAGUUCCUCUCCAGCUGUGCAGGGUUCAGUCUCGGAGUGGAGUGGAGGAGUCAGGAUGGUGGUGGUGAUGAUGGUGGUGUACACUCUGCUGCUGGGUUUGAUCCUCCCCGCGCUGCUCCUCCUCCUCCUCUCUCCGUUGGUGGUGCAGGACCUGCUGUACUUUCUGAAGGGGGUUCGGGUGGCGCUCAGACUCAGGAGGUUCCGCUCCUCCACACCCUGCUACUCCAUCCUGGACUGCUUCCUGGACCAGGUGCAGAAGAACCCGGAUAAACCCUUCCUGCUGUUCGAGGGAACGAGUUACUCCUACCAGCAGGUGGAUCGGCGGAGCAGCCAGGCGGCGCGUGCCCUCCUCACGCAUGCGCGUUUACAGCAGGGCGACACGGUGGCGCUGUUUCUGGGGAACGAACCCGAGUUUGUGUGGGUGUGGCUCGGACUCCUCAAACUGGGCUGCACCGCGGCGCUGCUCAACACCAACAUCCGGUCAAGGUCGCUGCUCCACUGCUUCACCUGCUGCGGAGCCAAGGUGCUGAUCGCUGGGCCAGAUUUACAGGAAGCGGUGGAGGAGGUACUUCCUGUUCUGAAGGAGCAGCAGGUUCAGGUGUUCAUGCUGGUGGAGAACUCGAGGACGGAGGGGAUCACCAGCCUCAGCGAGAAGAUCCACACGGCCAGUGAUGAGCAGCUACCGACCUCCAUACGUUCUACCAUCAGCAUCAAGAGUCCAGCACUGUACAUCUAUACAUCAGGAACCACCGGUCUCCCAAAAGCAGCUGUGAUAAACCAUGAGAGGAUCUGGAUGGCCUCGUUCCUACAGAGGAUGUGUGGGGUGUGUUCUGAUGACAUCAUCUACAUCUACCUGCCCCUGUACCACAGCGCCGGGCUCCUGAUGGGCCUGACAGGGGCGAUAGAGCGCGGAAUCACGGUGGUGUUGAGGAGGAAGUUCUCGGCGUCUCAGUUCUGGAGCGACUGCAGAAAAAACAACGUUACAGUGAUUCAGUACAUCGGAGAGAUCAUGCGCUACCUCUGUAACACACCCACGACGCAGUUUGAUCGUGUACACAACGUACGUCUUGCGUUCGGUAACGGGCUCCGACCCGACACGUGGGCGGAGUUUGUGCAGCGGUUCGGGGACGUGCGGAUCUGUGAGUGUUACGGAGCCACGGAGGGAAACAUCGGAUUCGUCAACUACGUGGGGAAAGUCGGAGCCAUCGGGCGGGUCAACCCCUUCAUCAAGAGAGCCACGCCCUUCGCCCUGAUUAAAUAUGACACUGAGAUGGAGGAACCUGAGCGAGACUCCAGAGGGUUCUGCAUGGAGGUUCCUACAGGAGAAACCGGCCUGCUGGUGGCCAAGAUCAGCAAAGUGGCUCCGUUCAGCGGCUACGCUAACAACAAGCAGCAGACAGAGAAGAAGAAGCUGAAGAACGUGUUCAGGGACGGAGACUUUUACUUCAACACCGGAGAUCUGAUGAGGAUCGACCAGCAGGGGUUUAUCUACUUCCAGGAUCGCAUUGGAGACACGUUCAGGUGGAAGGGUGAGAACGUGGCUACGACCGAGGUGGCCGAUAUCCUGCUCACGGUGGAGUUAAUCGAGGAGGCCAACGUUUAUGGCGUCAAAGUACCAGGUCAUGAGGGACGAAUCGGAAUGGCUGCAGUGAAACUGAAGGAUGGAGAAACGUUCGACUGUUCUGCAGCGUAUAAGAACGUGGUGAACCUGCUGCCCACCUACGCCAGGCCUCGCUUCAUCAGGAUACAGGAGGCGCUGGACGUCACAGGCACCUACAAACAGAUGAAGCUAAAGCUCGCCGAGGAGGGAUUCGACCCAAAAACCAUCCGGAACUCUCUUUACUUUCUGGAUGACAGGAAGCAAAAUUACGUUCCCAUGAGUGAGGAGAUCUUUAACUCCAUCAGCGACGGGCGCUUACGACUGUAACACACACACACACACACACACACACUAUACACACACACACUAUACACUCACACUACACACACACUCACACUACACACACACUCACACACACACACAAACACUACACACACUAUACACACUAUACACACACACUAUUCACACACUACACACACUAUACACACACUACACACACUAUACACACACUAUACACACACACACUAUACACACUACACACACACUGACACUACACACACACUCACACUACACACACCCUGAGCACCGAACCCUUCUGUACCAGUCAGAGUCCCCAUGCAUCUCAUUACUCAGGUACAGAACAGAACUACACAAUCUAAUCAACAUGAUCAUCAGAAUAGAGGACGGCCGCUCAGGUGGCGCAGCGGUAAAAGACACGCGCUGCAACCAGAGCUGGAUUUCGAAGGAGCGUCGUUUCGAAUCCAGCUCUGCCUUCACGGUCGAGGCUGGGCGGCUAUGGACAACGAUUGGCCUGUUGGCCGGGUAAGGGGGCGGGACUUGAGACCGUAGGGGAUGCUCUCUCAGGAACGGGGCGGUCGCGCCCUCUGCUGGCCGGUCGGUGGCGCCUGUAUGGAGACGGGAGGGGGUGUGGCGGGGUGUGUGAUCCUCCGUGCACAGUACUCUGCUACGCUGCACUCGUCAAGUGUGGGUGAUAAGACGGUCGAUUGGCUGUGCAUGUUUCGGAGGAGGCGUGGAACGGCCUCGUCAGCCCCAAUCAGGAGCAGGAAUCCGCACUAAUGAGAGGAUGAUAGAUGGGACGAAAUUGGACGCGCUAAAUUUAUAUUUAAAAAAAAAAAAAAAAAAAAAAAAAAAAGAAUGGCUCUAGUAAUCAGAAGGUUGCCGGUUCAAGCCCCACCACAGCCAAGUUGCCACUGUUGGGCCCCUGAGCGAGGCCCCUAAUUCUUUAUUGCUUGUGUUGUAUACGGUAUAAUUGUACUUUGCUUUGGAUUUAAAAACACAUCCGCUAACAGCCUCAAAUGUAAAUAUAAUUACUAAAUAAUAACAAUAAUAUUAAUAAUAAUGUACAUGAUUUUAUUUUAUUAAUAAAAAAAAUAUAUAUAUCUAAA